AUGUCUGGUUCAUCAUCAUCAUCAUCCUCUAGUGACGAUUGCGGAUCAAGCGAUUACGAAGUAAUCAAUAAUGCUGUUACGCAAAUGAAUGUUGUUUUCAAUCCCCAAGCCAUAGGUGCGUGUCUUAACGUUAUCUUUGACGAAGAAGAAAACCAAAACCAAGAAGCAGAAAGUUCUUCAAGACCCAAGUUGACUAGAAGGGUGAUCAGGCGAGAUCACGUGGCUGCCGCCAAGCUUUUAUACGAUCAUUACUUUGCGCCAGAACCAACCUACCCACCUGACAUGUUUCGUAGACGGUUCCGAAUGCGAAAGGAUAUGUUUCUACGCAUAGUGCGAGACAUAAACUCCUUUGAUAGCAUUGAACCGCUACCGAAACACUUUCAGUUCUUCCACAAAGCCCCGACAGAUGCAAGUGAUCGUCUCGGUUUCAACAUUUUCCAGAAAUGUACUUCUGCCAUACGCCAGUUAGCGUAUAGCUUUAAGGUUGAUGCUUUAGAUGAGUACUUGCAAAUGGCUCAAGAUACGGGCUACCAGUGUUUAAACGCUUUCUGCAAGUGUGUUAUACAACUCUAUCAUGACGAGUAUUUGAGAAAGCCAACAGAAGCAAAUAUCGAGCGGUUGACGGUUAAACAUGCUGAGGUUCAUGGGUUUCCAGUGGCGUUGCAAGGGCAGUACACCCGAGGUGACAAUGGACAUCCAACAAUCAUGCUUGAAGCGGUUGCUUCAUAUGAUUUGUGGAUCUGGCAUGCCUACUUUGGCCCUGCUGGUUCGAACAACGACAUCAACGUCCUCAACGAGUCAGAUUUGUUCUACGAUUUGCUUGAAGACAGGGCUCCUAAAGUAGAGUUUUCGGUUAAUGGGGAGCAAUUUCAAAAGGGGUACUACCUAGCAGAUGGUAUUUAUCCAGAAUGGGCUACUCUUGUUAAGUCAUUCAAGUGCCCUCUAGAGCCAAAAACCACCAAGUUCAAAAGAUACCAAGAAGCUGCAAGAAAGGAUGUCGAGCGAGCAUUUGGGGUUCUUCAAGGUCGUUGGCAGAUUAUUGAACAAUAUGCGCGGCCAUACAGUACGAACAAGAUAAAACGGAUCAUGUUAUGUUGUGUGAUUCUCCACAACAUGAUCGUUGAAGAUAACGGGCGCGCAAUAACAGAGUUUGAAGAGGAGUUGAUAGCUAAUAGUAGACUCCCAACCCGUACGUGGACUGAAAGGUGUUCGACGCAGUUUCGUAUGUACAGGGAGCUACGUGAUAGAAGGGCUCACCAUAAACUCCGCAAUGCUCUGAUUGAACAUGUUUGGAACCUCCCGGAACACGGUCGUCAACGUUGA